AUGGCAGAUAUGGCUUCUCGCAUCUCAAGCCUAGAGAAAUCUCUCGCCAAAGCCAACGGUAGGGAUUCAUCAGCUUUGGGGAUAAGUGUUUCCAAAAACUCAAGCAGCUCGUCUUCAGCGCAACCAGUACGGCUUAGAGACGAUGAUGUACUUGUUGAAAAGGGAUCUUCAAGCCAAUACUUCAACGAAGUUAUGCUAUCCAGAGUGAUAGAAGAGGAGCGAGAUAUAGAAUCCGUCCUUUCAACUUCGCACACAGGAACGCCACAUCAGCCCGCUACCUCACCAUUCAACCCUGCAGGAAUACUCUCAUCCGUGUCUCUCUUGCAGGAACCGCACACCUUUCAUCCUACCCAGCCUUUGGCUGUGAGACUGUGGAACAACUACGUAGAAAAUGUGGAUGGCUAUUCUGGGUUGAUCAAACUUCUUCACCUUCCCACUGACAGAGUGAAGGUGUAUUCAGUCAUUCACGAUCCAGCAAGCGCAUCUUUUCAUGAUCUUGCUUUUUGCUUUGCCAUUUACUUCGCAUCUGCAGUCUCUUUCGAAGACGUUGAGGCCCGGUUAUUCCUAGGUCAGGAUAAGAAUGAAGCUCUGAAUACUUUUAAAACUGGCCUGGAACAAGCAUUUGCGCAUGGCGACUUUUUGGAUCGCCCAACACUGACAGGACUUCUGGCUUUAGUUAUAUAUCUGUCUGGUCUUCGCGUCCACAACCGCGGCAAGGGGAUCUGGAUUCUAAACGGUCUCACAAUACGCAUAGCCCAAUCUCUAGGCCUACAUCGAGAUGGGCUACGACUAGGGCUUCCUCCUUUCCAGUCCGAAAUGCGUCGUCGACUAUGGUGGCACCUACUUAGCCGCGAUAGCCGCUCAGGAGAAGAUUAUGGCCUCGAGAACACAAGUGGGCAGUUGUUGGGUUCAAAUGUAAGCUUGCCGCUCAAUGUUGACGAUGCGGAUCUCUCUCCAGAUAUGAAGGAGCUUCCCGAGUCCAAAAAUAGCUGGACAGCCAUGACAUUCUCCCUCAUAAACAUCGAACUUGCAAAGUCCAUCCACAAGCUAGCCGAUAUUGCCGCAACUUCGUCUCUUUCGUCCCCUCCGACCGAGGAUACAAGAAUAAAAGUCAUUGACGAUUUGAGUGCACGCAUUGAGGGGUAUUUGCAGAACUGCAAUCCCGUGAUACCACAACACCGCAUGACGUUACUCUGCUCUCGAUUCCUCGUCCGAAAACUCAACUUUACUACGAGACUGCAAUGGUCAUUUCUACGGCGCACUAUGAAGAGUGACGAAUUUGCAACAGAAGAGAAUCUUGUGGAAGCGUUGGAGCUCUUGGAACCAAGAUUAUUUAAUGAUGAUGGUUUACUAAAGCAAUUCUCUUGGGCAAGGAGGGCUUAUCCACAAUAUCACAUCACCAUGUACGUCUUAUGGCAUCUCUGUGUUAAACCCGAAGGCUCGAGCGUGGAUAGAGCAUGGAAGGCUUUGGAUAUCCACUUCUCCGAAGUACUUUGUGACAAGUCUACCAUCGGGUUCGGAUCCAAAUCAGCAGUUCUCACCGCUCUCAGAGCCAAGGCUCUUUCAAUAAGGGCGAAGCAUCGAGGGACAACCCCGAGAGAAAAUAGAGCAAGUACUGAAGGCAGCUCUGCUCUUAGCCUACGGGAGGACGCUUCGGAGAAUAAUGGCCUGCCUUCGUUCCUCUUUGGAAACAUUGUGGGUGCUGACAGACUUGAGUUUGACAUUGAUAAAGGGGAAUGGCUAGACUGGACAGUCUUAGCAAGGGGACCACAGCAUGAUAGUCCAGACGAAUCUUUUCAGUGA